CCUACGUACAGCCUGUUCAAAACACAUGCCUCCACACUACAAUACCUUUUGAUUGGACUGGAGCAGGACCAAGAGACGACGAGGAGGAUGAUACCUUGGUACCCACUGUACCCUAAGGAGGAGAUUGCGCUGAUAUGCGCUAACUGUCGCAAAUUAGAGCAGCUUGGCCUACCGCUUUUUGGAGAAUACGGAGCGCCUGAGUACAUCGGCGAAUUUACCCGUCUUCCAAAUUUACACACUCUCCGCAUCACUUCUGGCCACAACGACAAAUGGAAAGAACGGAAGAAAAGGUUCGCACGAUCCUGCCUGACAUCGUUGGUUAGAAAAGGCAGCAACAUUCAGAUCUCUGCACUCGUGCCGAUGGGUACCCGCAGCUACCAUAAAGAUGACUUCGCUGUUUGGCGGCUUCAAGAUAAACAAGUGUUGACUGAUGGGCGCAUUGGAUGGGUCGAAGUGGACAAGAUCGAGAUUGAAAACUUGGGCGAGCAUAAGACUGACAUACUGACUGGAGGUGAGGCGGGUCAGUACUAGUAAGGCUUUGCGUACGGACGAAGGUGACGGCGCUGGCCUCCAUAGUGAGUAAGCGAUCGGGGCUUCCUCUUUAAAGGGUCAGAUACAUAUUUGCCCUGCCAACAACGUCGCUUGCGGUAGCUUAGGGUUUUACUGGCUAAUCAACAUGCUAUCUCACCUGAAGGUUCUUUGGAACGAUAUGGGUCAAGUCUCAGCACAGACAUAGCUCAGGGGUCAUAGCACUUCAGUGG